AUGCUGAGGGUCAAGAGCUCGCGUCGUCCCGCGGGACUCAAGCCUACAGAUUACGAUCAUGAAAUUGCCCUAGUCGAUCACGAUGCCGCCGCGACACCGACAGGAUUGUUGGACCUGGAGGAGGAACACGAGGAGGAACACGAGGAGGAACAACAAGAGAACCCUGACGAGCGAAAUGGCGGCCAAAGGAAACCAUCAAGCAAUACACCCAACAAUGCUCACACCAAUGAGCAUGUCGAUUCUCAUACUGAGGGAGACAGCCAGACCCAUUCAUCAUCGAACCGCAUCGAGAACGGCCAACCUCCAACGCCUCCACAAACAAGACCAUCCAUCGAAGUCCAAGAACCAACCCCCGACGCCUUUCAUGGAGAUCAUCCACAUGUGAAGCUGAAGAAGCCUCAUGUCGAGCGCGAGACAGCGAUAGACAUCCUUUACGAGAACGAAAGGGGUGGGUUUCUCUGCGGAAUUCCUCUGUUUUCUUCGCAGGCUCUUGGAGGUCUUGAUCCACCUGCUUGGACCAAUGGGUACCAUAAAGCUUCACCAAGCAACAUCCACAAUGCACAAGUUCCUGACCCUACAUGGGAAUGGGCGUGGCCCGAAUGGCGAAUCAACCAUCAAAAAGGUGUCGACGAACAUGGCUGGGAAUAUUCCUUCCACUUUUCAAAAAAGUUUUCCUGGCAUAGCGGCAAGUGGUGGAACUCGUUCGUCCGAAGACGUGCCUGGAUUCGAAAGAGGGUGCGAAAGAGACCAGAGGAAGUGUCUGCCGAUCCACACAUGCUCAAUGCGGAUUACUUCACGAUACGGCCCGCUUCCCACAAAUCACCAAAGUCUCGCGAGAGUGUGACUAGCAGCCGUCUCAGUCGCUCGAGUACGAGUCAGAUGUCAGCCGCAGACGUGGACGAGAAACCUGCCGAUAUUGAUAACGUGGACGAUCUCAUGCGUGCUCUCCGACAAGCCAGGAUAGACCGAGAGAAGCUUGACGCUGUCAAUAACUACAUGGAACAUGCAACAGACCUCCAAAAACUUCAACACGAGAUGCAUGAGAUAAUGUCUUUGUUUGUCUUCCAACAAUCACGCCGCAUAUUGCUCAGCAGAUUGAUGGAAAUUCAUGACGAGACAACAACUCAGGUGAAGAGGACGAACACUUCUGAAUUACGAGAGCGAAACCAGGCAUUGAAGGAUGCCGUCCAUCAUGCUGACGAAGAGGUUCGCAAGCUAGCCUACUGGAGCGAUGUCAAGCAAAUGGCCGAGAGUGGCGAGGCGAAAGAGGCAGUCAAAGGAGAUAAAGGUUGGGAUGAAAGUUGGGAAGGUGUCGACCAGAGCGGCGGGGCUCAUCCAAUGCAGGAAAAUGCCAUGGUUAACGGUAAAAAGAAGGAAUCGGAGACAUGA